CAAGUGAAUGGGCAGUCUAAAGCAGUCCACACCUAACGCUUCUCGCGACUAGAGCUCUAUUACAGUCAGUACGUCUAUCAAAUCCAGUAGGAAUGGAGCUAAGGGAUGUAUUUCUUCUUAUUGUCUCAGUUUCGAUCACGCUGACAACCGUUAAUAGUGCUAACAUUUUGUGUAUUAUGACGGUUCCUAGUCCAAGUCAUCACAUUUGGAAUCGAGUAUGGAUGGAAGCGCUGGUCGAGAGAGGGCACAAUCUAACUACAAUCACAAUGGACGGUGAUAAAUCGAAAAAUAAUUUAACGUACAUUCAUAUGGAACAUGUGUACCCUGCAUUAUUUGAAGAUCAAGGUGUAGAUUAUGUGGAAAUGUCGAAAGAAUCCGCAUUUAGAACGGUGUUCUCGUUUCUUGAUUUUUACACUAGUGUUUGUGAUGCUGUCCUCAAGUCCAACGGUAUGAACGAAAUUUUGGCCUACCCGGAAGAUUUCAAGUUUGACUUAGUGAUCUACGACUACGGCUGUGGACCGUGCCUGUUACCGCUGUUACACAGGUUCAACUAUCCACCGCUAUUAUCUCUGACGCCGUUCAACAAUCCGCCCUACUCGGUAGACGUCGUGGGAGGCCAUAAGCAUUUUGCGUAUACUCCGUACUUUGCGCUCAACUACGACACAAAGAUGAAUCUUGGACAACGUGCAUACAACACACUGCUGUGCUUGCUCAGUUCAGCUUAUCGUUACUUCUACAUCAUGCCAACUGUUGAUCGAAUGGUCCGAUCGUAUUUCAACUAUUCCAACCUGCCAUAUAUAGGCGAUCUGGAAACGCGAACUCAACUCAUGCUGGUCAACACCCAUCCGGCAAUGGAUGCUUUGGAGGCUCUUCCUCCUAAUGUAGUUACUAUUGGUGGGGCUCACAUCAAAGAUCCCCCUCCACUGCCGGAAGAUUUAGAGAAAUUUAUCCGAAGUAGCAAAAAAGGAGCUGUCCUGUUUUCCUUGGGAACCAACGUUCGCAGUGAUAAAAUAGGCGAACACCGUCAACGAAUGUUCAUCGAAGCUUUUCGACAGAUGCCACAUUAUCACUUCUUGUGGAAAUUUGAAUCAGAUCUGAAGCUGGAUCUUCCACCAAAUGUUAUUAUUAAGAAGUGGAUGCCACAAAACAGUAUUCUCGCUCACCCCAACGUUGAGGCGUUCAUCACUCAUUCGGGAGGAUUGAGUACCCAGGAAGCUUCGUGGUUUGGAGUCCCGUUAAUCGGGAUGCCCUUUUUUAUGGAUCAAAUUAGGAACUGUCACCGUUCAGUGAGUGCUGGAGUAGCAGAAGCGCUUGAUUUCCAAACGCUAACCGUUGGAAAAAUUCGAAACACUGUAUUGAAAGUGCUAGAAACCCCCAAGUAUAAGGAAAACAUGAAGCGCCGAUCGAAAUUCCUUCAGGACCAACCCGAGAAACCGUUGGAUCGAGCCAUAUGGUGGAUUGAGUAUGUCAUUCGUAACCCUGACUUGAAUCAUAUGAAAUCGCCUACAUUGGAACUGGGAACCCUCAAGUCAAACCUCGUAGAUGUGUUUGCAUUAUAUUUGUUAGUGAUCGUACUUGGGUACAAAAUCUUGAUAUGGGGUCUCAAAUCUAUAUUCCACAAGCAAGCAAAUAAGAAAAUAGACAAGCUCGAAUAAAUUUCAUUUAAUAACUAUCGUAAAAAGUGCCCACUGCGUGUGUGGCACUGAUGGUUUCUACUUUGGUUGUUGCAAAUAUUAUCCAAACGAUCGAUGGGCUAGUCAUUCAAAGAUUAUGAAAGUAUCAGAUGUAACAUUUUUUUAUUGAGUGCACUAAAAGUUAUUGAUUGUGUAUAAUUUAAAUAGUCUCUCAAUUCUAGUGCAGCACCAAAGAUCACACUUGCUUGGUUCCAACUUUGAAAUUAACGCUAUGUCUAAGUCAUAAAAUUAAUAAAACACCUGCAGUUUACUACUGCCAAACAUAUAA